GCAAGAGAGGAGGAAGAAGAAGUAGUUGGGAGAAGGCAAGAAAGCAAGAUGGCGAAGCGAGUCGGAAGCAGGAAAAAGGACGACGAGUCUGCAUUGACUCGGACUGUCAACUCGGUCUUUAGCUUCUUCAGAUUCGCCGAGUUUGAAAUUCUGUUCGUGCUCUUCUUCGUUAUCGCCUUCAUCAUUUUCAAAGAUCUCCCAUUUCAAGGCUCUCCCACAUCCUUUCCCUCAUUGUCCACUUCUUGUAUCUGCUGUAUGUGUGGGGAUCUUCAGGGGAUAAUUGGAAUCAAGCUUUCUGACGUCGCGGCCGGAAUAUAGUCAGAUUCUCGUAAAGAAGCCUGACGGAGGUGGUUUUUGGCCUUACUAGCUGGAGAUCUCAAGAUUGGAUAAACAGUUUUUGGUGUUGAUUAUGUGCUUCUAUUUUUGUUAGUGGAAACAGAAUUCCUUGCUGUCCAUGUACUUUCUUAUUGAAUGUAAUUAAUAUGUGAUUAUGCUUCUCCCCAACAAUGUAAUCUCUCUCUUUAAUCAUAAGAUCAUAAUAUUAUCUUUUAUCUUAA